GGCGGCACUUCCGCCACGCUGAAGAUGGCGGCGCGGCUGGGCCGACGUGCGCUUGCGCAGUAAGGUGACCUCUCUUAAAGGGGAAGUGACCCGCAGAGGGACCGGCAGGGUGACAUGGCCGGGCCGGGGCCGGGGCCGGGGCCGGGGCCGGGGCCGGGGCCGGGGCUCGGGCCCUUCCUCUACGAGCUGCCCGCCUGGCUUAUGUGCAGCUUCUGCCGCCUCAUGGACGCGUUGAGCCACUCGGACUGGGAGCGCUUCGCCUCGCGGGUGGUGCGGGACCAGGUGGAGCUGCGCCUGGCGGCCGCGACCCCCAGCCCAACCCACAGCGUCGUGUGGGGCUGGAGCAACCGCAACGGGUGCCUGGGCGAGCUGCUGGCCCUGCUCCGCGAGCUCGACCUGCGCCGCGCGCACGACCUCCUGGCCGCCUGGCACCCCCCCGCGACCCCCCUCGGGCUGCCCCCCACGCUCUCGGUGGCCCCCAGCCCGCUGACCCCCACGGCUCCCCCCGGCCCCCCCUCGGACGCCAGCACCGCCUCAGCCUGGGACCCCCCGAAACGGCCCCCCCCAGAGCCAUCGCUGCCCCUCCCAGGCCCCCCCCCCAGCGCCCUCCUCAGCACCCCCAGCCUGCCCCCUCCGGCCCCCCCGGACCAGUCCCUGGGCUCGCUGUGCUCGGCCCUGGGCUCGCUGGCCCUGGUCUCGCAGCCCCCCGGCCCCGGCCCCGGCCCCACGUCGCGGCCCCCCGGCCCCACGCCGGGGCCUCCCGGCCCCCCGAGCGCCCCCCAGCCCUUCGCCUGGCCCCUGGCCGAGCUGCUCCGGGCCACCGGCGGCUUCUCCGAGCGGCACAAGGUGGGAGAAGGCGGCUUCGGUGUCGUCUACCGGGCCCGGCUCCGGCACACCGACUACGCCGUCAAGCGCCUCCGGCAGGACGCUGACCUCGACUGGAGCGUCCUCGUCAACAGCUUCGUCACCGAGGUGGAGAAGCUGUCACGGUACCGGCACCCCAACAUCGUGGAGCUGUCGGGGGUCUGCGCCGAGCAGGGCAACUUCUGCCUCGUCUACGUCUACAUGGCCAACGGGUCCCUGGAGCAGCGUCUGGGGGCGCAGCCCCCGCAGCCCCUGCUGACAUGGGCCCAGCGGCUCCACGUGCUCCUGGGCUCGGCCCGGGCCCUCCAGUUCCUGCACCGCGACGCCCCGGCCCUGGUCCACGGCGAUGUCAAGAGCUCCAACAUCCUGCUGGACGCGGGGCUGAGCCCCCGGCUGAGCGACUUCGGGCUGGCGCGGGCGCCCCGGGGGGGCGGGGGGGGCCGCAGCGGCACCCUGGGGGGCUCCGGGGCCCUGCGGGGCACCCUGGCCUACCUGCCCCCCGAGUACCUCCAGGGGGGGGCCCUGGCCCCAGCCCUCGACACCUACAGCUUCGGCGUGGUGCUGCUGGAGACGCUGACGGGGCGCCGGGCCGUGGAGACGGACGCCCGCGGACGGACCAAGUACCUGAAGGAGCUGCUGGAGGAGGAGGAGGAGGAAGGGGCCGAAGCUGGGGCCCCCCCCAGACUCCUCCCGGACCCCCGGGCCGGGACCUGCCCCCCCCGGCUGAGCGCCGCCCUGGCCCGGCUGGCGGCCCGCUGCCUGCACCGGCGCGGCAAGCGCCGGCCCCCCAUGGCGCAGGUCUACGAGGAGCUGGAGCGGCUGCAGGGGUGGGCGCCGGGGGUCCCCGGCCCCCCCAACGAGCCGGAGGAGAGCGACGAGAGCCUGGCGGAGGCCGGGGGCCCCCCCGCGCCGGCGGUGCCGGCGGCGGCCCCCCCCUCCGCCGUGGUCAUCAACCCGGCGCGCCGGCGCAUCAUGGAGCGCCUGGCCCUCUACGAGCAGGGCCGCCUCGACUCGCUGGGCGUCCUCGAGUCGGGGCCCCCCCCGGGCGGCCCCCUCCGCCAGCCCGAGGAGAGCGACGACUUCGAGCCCUGACGGACGGCGGGACGGACAGUGGGACGGAUGCCAGUUCUCAUUUUUUUUUGGGGGGGGGGGCAGUGGCAGUGGGGGAGGAGGGGCACAUAUAUACGCACCCCCCCCUUCCCAGCCCCCUCCCCCCGGGCUGCUAGAGGACCCGGGUGUCCCGGUGGGGAAGCGAAGGCUUUCGGGGGGGGGGGAUCCCAACAGGUUUUGGGGUGCCGAUGUGUGUGACCCCCCCCCCCCAAAAUAAAAUCCUCCUCUACCUUUGUAA